AUGGCCGUGCGGCGGCGCUUGCAGGAGCUCUUCCAGGACCUGCAGCUCAACGGCGUCGUCACCGUGGAGCGCCCAUUGCCGCCACCUCUUUCCCCCCGUCCUCCUUCUCCUGCCGUGGCUCCCGCCGUGGGGGACGCCAGGAGCGGCGCCGCCGCCUCCUCGCCUGCCUCCGUGAGUGCCGCCGCGCCGGGGCCGCGCGGGGCGCCCGCGGCGGCAGUGACGCCCUCUCUCUCCGCAGGAGUCACCCGGGACGUGGCGUGCGAGGAGUCGCAGGAGAUCGGCCUCGAGGGAGCCCUGCUCGGCUGCACUUUCAACAAGUUAUCCUGCCGCUCAUGUGGCUUGAGUGUGGGCUUCGUUCUGUAUUCCGCUUUCAGUGAUCUGGCUUAUCUGCGAGGCUUCUUCUGUUUCUUCAAGGACAGCAUCCUUUGUUACCUCUUAAAAAAUAAAAUGGUAAUAGAAGCCUCUAAAGUAAAAUUUCCUGCUUUGGGCCUACAGGAAGAACUCAAAAAACUAAAAGAAAAGUUUCUGAUGGUCCACACGCGCCUGGAAUUGCUGACGAAGAAGCUGGAGGAACUGAACCGAAAGAAUAAUGUGGCAGAAAAGCAAAGCGCUGCAUCAGAUGCAGGUGGCCUCACGCCAGGAUAUGCAGAAGUCAAGAACAACAAAUAA